AUGGCCCCCAAACACCAGUCUUCACUUCCACCCCAAGCAAAGAAACCAAAGAAACUGAGACGGACUCCUGCCUCCAGGCCAGAGGAAACGUCUGCUUCUCCGAACUUGCCGAAGGAAGAAAAGGAACAGCAAGAAGCAAUUGAACAUAUUGAUGAAGUACAAAAUGAAAUAGACAGACUUAACGAACAAGCCAGUGAGGAGAUUUUGAAAGUAGAACAGAAAUAUAACAAACUCCGCCAACCAGUUUUUCAGAAGAGGUCGGAAUUGAUCGCCAAAAUCCCAAAUUUCUGGGUAACAACAUUUGUUAACCAUCCACAAGUGUCUGCACUGCUUGGGGAGGAGGAUGAAGAGGCGCUGCAUUAUUUGACAAGAGUCGAAGUGACAGAAUUUGAAGAUAUUAAAUCAGGUUACAGAAUAGAUUUUUAUUUUGAUGAAAACUCUUACUUUGAAAAUAAAGUUCUCUCCAAAGAAUUUCAUCUGAAUGAGAGUGGUGAUCCAUCUUCAAAGUCCACUGAAAUCAAAUGGAAAUCCGGAAAGGAUUUGACAAAACGUUCAAGUCAAACGCAGAAUAAAGCCAGCAGGAAGAGACAGCAUGAGGAACCAGAAAGCUUCUUCACCUGGUUUACUGAUCAUUCUGAUGCAGGUGCAGAUGAGUUAGGAGAGGUCAUCAAAGAUGAUAUUUGGCCAAAUCCAUUACAGUACUACUUGGUUCCGGACAUGGAUGAUGAGGAAGGGGAAGGAGAAGAAGAUGAUGAUGAUGAUGAAGAGGAAGAAGGAUUGGAAGAUAUUUAUGAAGAAGGGCAUGAGGAUGAAGGUGAAGAAGAUGAAGAUGAUGAUGAGGGGGAGGAAGGAGAGGAAGCUGAAGGAAAAGAUGACUAAUGGAACACUGAUGGAUUCCAA